AGGUGGUGCUUGUUGCAAACGCCACUUCCGUUUUUUCAGUAGUGCUGGGACUAGUAAGAGGUCGGGAGCCGUUAGAAACACCGGAGUGGAAGGAUUCGAGUGGAAUAAUGCCUAAAUCAAAGGAACUUGUGUCUUCAAGCUCAUCAGGCAGUGAUUCAGAUGCUGAUACAGCGCAUGCAAAUCAUCUGCUGUCAGCCAAGGAAAAAAGGAAAAAACAGGCAGCCCCAGAAAAACCUGUAAAGAAACAGAAGACUGGUGAAAGUUCCAGAGGUGCAGCCUCCUCUGUGCAAAGUAGCAACAGAGAUGAGAAUAUGUUUCAGAUUGGUAAAAUGAGAUAUGUCAAUGUUCGGGAUUUUAAAGGUAAAGUCCUAAUUGAUAUUCGAGAAUAUUGGAUGGAUCAAGAAGGUGAAAUGAAACCUGGCAGAAAAGGCAUCUCUCUAAAUCCAGAACAGUGGAGCCAGCUGAAGGAACAGAUUUCUGAUAUUGAUGAAGCUGUAAGAAAACUGUAAAGAAGAGCCAUACAGAAACUCUACUGUUAUAGGUUUAAGUAGUCUUUUUACAUUAGCAUUCGUUUUUCUAAACUAUUUGUUUUCCAAGCUAUUGUAUAUUUGGAUUGCAAACAAUUUGUAAGAUGGAAUGCUUUUUUUUAUUGUGCAUUAAAAGUGUAUUCUGAGUGAAGU